AUGGAUCCCAGUUACAAAGCACGAAAAGAGGCAUUCGUGUCCAAUCUCUCGGGAGGGGGCAUUCUCGAGAUCAACUUGGUGACGCUGGUGGCUUCGACCUCGGUUCUCCUCUGGUCUGCUCUGCAAUCCCGUCUUUCCUAUUUCACUCCGUAUGGCACUGCGGCGCUCAUUGCAGAUUUUAUGCUCAAUGUGCUGGCUAUUCUUUUUGCAACGACCAUAUACUCUUCCGCUCCUGGUCUCCUGAACAUAUUGCUGGUGUCGCCUGCUAUCCUAGUCCUUCUGAACCCGUCGCCAACCCGUGCUCGAAAGAAAACGAAGCCUCCGCGUCCGAAUCCAGUUGAUAAACAUGGCCCAGGUGAAUCGCAACGUACGGCAGCCCACUUGGGGGUCUUGCCAGUCCAUCCCUUUCUCACAACGUAUCGUGCUGCGAUGAUGGUGAUCACCUGCAUUGCCAUACUUGCUGUCGAUUUCCGCGUUUUCCCGCGUCGAUUUGCGAAGGUUGAAAACUGGGGUACAUCUCUCAUGGACCUGGGGGUUGGUUCGUUUGUAUUCUCGGCUGGAGUGGUUUCUGCCCGCUCGGUCUUGCGGAAGCGGAGCAGCCACUCGAACACGGCGCUGCUUCGGAGAUUGGUAUCGUCGAUACGACAUUCAAUCCCGCUACUCGUGCUUGGUUUGAUUCGGCUCUAUAGCGUCAAAGGUCUGGAUUAUGCGGAGCACGUUACCGAGUAUGGCGUACAUUGGAACUUCUUCUUUACAUUAGGCCUCCUGCCUCCAUUUGUGGAGAUCUUUGAUUCUCUGACUGCGAUCAUUCCUUGGUAUGAGGUCCUUGCUUUGUCUGUCGCGGCCUUGUAUCAAGUGGCCCUCGAAUCUACCGACCUGAAGGCUUAUAUUCUUGUCUCCCCCCGAGGUCCUGGAUUGCUCUCCAAAAAUCGCGAAGGGGUCUUUUCCUUCCUGGGAUAUUUGGCAAUCUUCCUAGCCGGUCGAGCUACCGGGGUUCGGGUCAUGCCCCCGUCGAGCUUGCCGAAACAGGAUAGGAAGAGAGUGCUUAUGACGCUUGCAACGGAAGGCCUUGUCUGGACGGUCUUUUUCUUCUUCAAUUCCGGCUACGCCAUGGGUUACGGAGCCAGUAUCCCAGUCUCUCGUCGGCUUGCUAACAUGCCUUAUGUUCUUUGGGUGUGUGCUUUUAACAAUGCACAACUCUUUCUGUUUUGCCUGCUGGAGACUGUAUUCUUCCCCUCUGUUCACAUGAUAACAGGGAAGCAGGAUGAAGCUGACCGCAUCUCCUUCGCAACGAGCAAAAUUCUUGCCGCAUUUAAUAGAAAUGGUCUUGCGAUUUUUCUGGUCGCGAACCUCUUGACAGGAGUGGUGAAUCUGAGCCUACCGACACUCGACCUCAGUACUGCGCGGGCCAUGGCGGUCCUCAUAGGUUAUGCGGCGAUCCUUAGCCUGGUCGCGCUUGGCCUAGACAAGGCCAACAUUGUAUUACGACUUUGA